AUGCUUGUUCAUAUAGCCAAAUCUUUUGGAAAAAUUAUUCCAUAUUUUGAUGGAGGCUCAGAGAGAUGGAUGGGUCAUAUUAAAGUUAUCAUCCCAACAGUUACUGCUUGUUUAUCGUGUCAUCCAGAGUUUUUUGUUGAGCUCAGUGAAUUUCAACUUUGUACUACAGCAAACAAUCCAAGGCAACCAGAGCAUUGUAUUGCAUAUGUGAAAGAAAAGUUAUGGCCAGAAUCAUUUCCGAAUUUAAAAUUUAAUCCAGAUGAUGAAGAAAAUAUUAAAUGGAUUUACGAGAAGUCUCAAGAAAUGGCUCAAAAAAACAAUAUAGCAGGAGUUACUUAUAAGCUUGUAAAAGGAGUUGUAAAGAAUAUCGUUCCUGCAAUUGCAUCAACUCAAGCAUUUGUUGCUUCGCUAUGCGUAACAGAAGUAUUGAAAUAUCUUACAGGAAAUGGAUAUAAUUUAAGGAAUAUUCUCAUAAGUGGUGAAGAAGGUAUUUAUGGGGAAGAUUUGGAGUAUGCAAAGAUGCCUGAGUGUCACGCCUGCGGAUCAAUUGUAAUAGAUAUACAUCUCAAUGAUAAUGAAACUGUUUCUGAGUUUAUUCAAAGAUUAGAAAAAGAAUAUAAUCUUAAAAAUGCAAGGCUUGUCAUUAAUACUGAUAAUGAUAGAAUUAUUCCUAUAUACUCUCCAAAAAUAUAUAAGGAGUCUCAAGGAAAUCUUAGCAAACCGAUGAAAAAUUUUGUUGAAUCUGGUUCUGAAAUUAUUGGUAUCACUCCAGAUAAUUUAGACUCAACAUAUAUUAUCCGUAUAAUAUAG